AUGCAAUCUGAGCCUACCGAUAUCUCAAACACGAUUACUCAUACAAUUCCGGAACGUUUUACCCAAUCUUCUCAACAUGGCUUUUCAGAUCCAGACAUCGCUGCCCUCGCGGCAAGCUCGUAUAAUGAGCAACCGCAGUCAGUUGUCGGUGCUUCCGCGAUCGUCCCUCUGCAAUCCGUCGAUGGCGCAGAGGGCGGCGUGGUGGGCGAAUUGCCACUGAACGGGGUUCUGGAGGGCGAUAACCUGCCCCACCCAUCAUUCAAUGCGACCGCAGGAGGUGAAAUUGAUCUAGGACCCGAAUCUCCAAAGAAUCGGAGAAGCGGUCCUGGGUUCAAAGUAACCAAGGGCAGAACAAGCAGCAAUGAUGGGGUCCAACUGGAGCAAUUCCCUAAUGAGGUUCUGACUCACAUAUUGUCGCAUUUACCCGCAACAUCUCUGUCAACGGUAUCACUUGUGUCCCGAAGGUUCUAUAAUCUUGUUACCACGCCGCACGCCUGGCGCAUCGCUUUUUCGCGAUUCUUCCCUGGACAAGAUGCCACAGAUGAAGGCUACGCCGCGCGCAACAACCGCCGCAGCUCUGAUCAAGAAACUCGCGACCGACAACGUGCCGAGCAACGGUUUUUCGCGCGGCUGACGGCCCUUGCAUCAUGGCGCAGCGAGUAUAUUCUUCGGACGAGGCUUCUGCGCUCUCUUGCUCGCGGUAAGCCGCAGCAGAUCGCGAAAGGUCAUGGAGCGUCGUCUCGCACGAAUAGCGCGGCGAACAAUGCGAAUGCAGCUGUGACGUAUAACUCGCAGCUGUUUACGACUGUGAACCAUAUCCAUGCCGUUUUUGAUAAUGGCAGGAAGUCUCCGAGAUUCAUUCAUGGAAGCGAUGAGACGGGUACGGCUUGCACCAGCGAUCCGAAUAUUGGAAAAGUUGACACUUGGGGCUUGUCCGACCCACAGGCGCUGCCUCAGUUUGCUGAUCUAUUCCCGGGCGACCAGCCCUAUGGUCUUGGAGACGGAUCAGUGAUCGGUGCGCCGAAUGUCAUGGAUGUUAGCCAGCCGUUUGGCAUGGUGUGCGGCGAAGGUUUUCCAGGGGGGCAGGCCUACUUCCGUUCGUCGGAAGAGAUGCGUGGCAGGUUCCUGGCUCGCACCGCGGAUUACGAAGUUCAUCCGCCUGAGGUUCCCAAAGUGCCGAGCCGUUUCGAGUCCGUAUCUUCCGUAUGGAUUGCGAAGUCGAUUGCUGUGCCUUCGAUGACGGAUGGCCUUGUGGGAAUCAUGACGGGUUCUUCAUGCGGAAUCAUCACGACGUAUUCAUUUGGCGUUGACAACCUAGAUGGGCAUCGGUUGGCCAAGGGGGAGAUUACAGCUCGUUGGGCCAUUAGUCCGGGUGUUCCCAUAAUAGCCAUCAGCGUGGACGACUCAUACAACGCGAAGCGAAAGGAUUCAGAGCGUAUUUGGGCAAUGGCUUUGAAUGCUCUAGGUGAAGUAUUUUACUUGACCCAAAGUAUCCACCGAGCUCCGAUUGAGAAAAACGCAAAGUUGGACGAAGAAAGCCUUGCAACGAUGGCCUGGGAAACUGGCCGUAGCGUCGCUUGGAAGCUCGCUGAACCCACCCGUCGUGUCGCGCGUGAAGACCCAUACCAAGACGCCGAGUUCGACGGGAGCUACUCUCCCCGAUCCUCGCCCCACUCCUCUGGUCUUACCAAGAAGCAACUGCUAGCGGAGAACCGAGAGCUCGAAACAUUUUUUGCUUUCCGCCCUGCCAUCUUCCGUAAAGUCUGCAAUGGCUGGGACAUGCGCCGUAGGCUUCAGGUCGAUUUUGCGGGCGACGAUGGACGCGGUGCAGGAGAGUGCGCAGUCGUCAUCCAGUGUGGUGCCCCUGAGUCAGAGCCUGCACACAUUACACGGUUCACCCGUAUGAGAGCAGAACAGGCUUCUCUCGAUCGCUUCCCAAUUCCGAAAACCCCGCCGGUUCAGGAGAAGGCGACUACCGUCGCUUCGCUCUUUGGUGGUGGAAAACCGGCUAGUUUGAAGGUUAAAGCGGCUGAACAGGCGAUAUCAAUGAGCCCUGUUAAACGGAAUGGUGCAUCUACGUUCGUAGAAGAGUGGAGAACCACUGCAUUGGCGUGGGACGGAGCGCAAACUAUCGAGUUUACGGCGAACGCGGUUGAUAUGUCGACGUUUGCAAUUCUCUGGGUGCCAGAGGACCCGAUUCUCACCAUGAAUGGCGGCAAUACUGCAUCUGCGAUCUUUGCGACUCCAGAACAUAGUGAAGGAAACUCAUUGCACAAUAUCCCAGGCCAUCGUGGCCGCUUUCUCACUGUUGGUACCAAGACUGGGGCUGUUUAUAUCUGGGAUAUGCGAGGCCCGCAAUCUCGCAACGCGUCAAUUACAAACACCCUCCAGCCUCUUCGCACUAUUCAAACCGACUCUCCUCAAAUCUCCUGUCUGGCCCUAUCGGCGCUAUACCUCGUCCACGGCGGCAACGACGGCCUCGUACAGGCAUGGGACCCACUUGCAUCCAUCACAGAACCUCUGCGCACUCUCAACUCACGCUUCUCGUCGCGUGCGCGCCGUCGUCUAGUCCAGGCUGAGGCCUCAGUCCAGGGCGUGGGGAUCAACCUCUACGCUGCCGGUGCCUUGGCACUGGACCCCGACCCCACAGCUCUGCGGGGCAUGGUGACGCUCGGAACGCACCUGCGGUACUGGGCGUACAGUUCCAACGGCGCUGAUUCCCUCGCGAGCAAGAAACGCCGUCUACGGCGGUCAAGCGAGCGCGGCCACAAUGGCGCGACCGAUAGGUACACAAAUACCGGCCGCGGCGCGCUGAUGGACUAUAUCGUCAACGAGCAGCAGGAACUCAAGCGUGAGGCUAUCGCGCAGGAAAAGGAGCAGCUGCAUCUGCAGGGCCGCUUUGGCGUUGGUCUCGCGGGGUUGAGCGAGGAAGAGGCGCUACGAUAUGCAGAGCUGAUGUCACAGGAGGCGUUUAUGCAAGAGGAAGAGCGAAGGCUCACUAGUGCCAGCGGUGAUCGUGGUCAAGGAACACCUGAGCCGAGCCAGAGCGCCGUUAGUAGUACGUUUGGCUCACCCGCGCCGAGUGUCGCAGGAUACAACGCGUCGUCGCCGAAUAUGAAGAGCGAGAUGGAGCUGGAGAGGGAGGUGGAAGAGGCGAUCCGGCUGUCGCUGCUCGAGAGCGAGGCAUCUUCACCUCCGGGCAGUGGGAGCAGGAGCUACGACGUCCCUUUUGUGGUGAAGACAAAGAAGAGCAGGCGCUCGGCAUCAACGUCGCCGUCUACUAGCCAAGCGUCGAAGACUCGCCGCAGAAAGCAGAAGGAGGCCGAGAUUGCCAUGGAGGAUUUGGAUUAUGCGCUUCAGCUCAGUUUGGCGGAGGAAGAGAGCCGGGCUAUUGCUGCAGAAGUGAGCGAGGAGUUUCCAGCUCUAGAUGGAGGGGGGAAGGGGAAGGGAAGGGCGAUGUGA